AUAAUGAAGCUCGUUGCCACCUUAGCCCUUUUCACGUCUGCGGCCGCACUGCGGACGCGUAGCAGCAGCCUGCACUCGAAACAGGCGCUCUCCGUGCGCGGCGGGGGCGUGGACGUCGAGCAGAUUGCAAGCUAAGCCGCGCGGAAGUCUACUUUUUGCAGUCCGAUAGUUUCUUUCGUCAUCAUUGAGCCUGCUCGCUGCUCACCAAGAUUUCCGCGUUCUCGAGACAAGAAAACGCAAUUGCACACAGGCCACCUGGGUCGGCCUCGCCUCCUCGGGCUUCAUCCUGCUCCCGGCCGGCCGCGACAUCGUCGCCGAGGGCACGGCGAUUCUUCCGGGGGACGCAGAGCGCGGAAAGCGAGGCGCCCGCGGCCGCCGGCGCGGUCCGUUCGUGCUUUGGGGGGGUCGUGCGACGUCGUUUCCGAGAAUCAUGGCGGUGGGUGGUUUCUUUUUGGAUUUUGAGGCCGUUUCGGCGUGAUUCGGUCGCGGGCGGGCGUCGCGGCGGUUCUGGGGCGUACGGUGGUGUCGGGGCGGUCCGGAGCGGCGCGGUGGGUGCAUUGGACGCCGUCGAUGCGGCGCCGGUGUUUUCGGAUGCUCUGGAGGCCGUUGAGCGUGCGCGGGCGCCGUCCGCGGCUCCGACGAGGCCGCGAGGACCCUCGGCGGUCUACGGUGGAGAACGGCGCCGGAACGGGUGCGGCGGUGUAGGUACCGAGGCCCGGCACGCCCGUCGACGCGGCGGCGGACCUGGAUGGGAUCUGGAGGCUCGGCGCGCUGACGGCCGGUCCAUGACGUGGACGGUGGAGCGUAGCUUUGUCAGAAUCCGUUGACAACGAUCACUUGUGUAGGGAUCGGGCCGAGGUCGAGGAGUAGAAAGUCAGAACCCGCUUGGACGAGCUAUCGAAGAGAAGCUGACGCCGCGACGGUCGCGCGGCCGUCAAGCUGUCCCAGGCGCGGACGAGGCGUAUACGUACGGCUCGUGGCGCGGCGUUUUCGACUGUCUGAGGCCACGGCGGGACGUCGUCGACGCCGUCGACGCGGACGAGGCCAUUGAUGGGUGCUCGGAGCCGCGCCUCUGGCGGGUGCAGCUUAACAUUACACGACAAGGUUUUGUGGGAGGCUACGGUACCAGUCGCGGCGGCGGGGCGACGUGCUGUACGCCAUCGACGCGGGCGGAGGCGUUGUAGCAGAUAUAGAUGCCUGGCGGGACUCGUCUACUAUCGGAUGCGCGUUGUGGGGAGCAUCUGGUCCGAGGCAUUAUAAGCCGUACAUCCGACGAGCGCUCUGGUUCUCAAACGAACGGCGCGGGGAUCAUCGUCGUCUAUCGGUCAUUCUGACCCAUGUUUCUGCGCCAGCGGUCAGGCUUGGGCGAGGCCUACGCGUACGCCUCGCGGCGAGGUCCUACGCCAGCGAAUGCGGCGGUCUGGGCGACUAGUCUUUGCUAAUCAUUGCUGUUGUGUCGACUGCGAACUCCUUAUGAGCGCUGGGGAGAGAGGAACGACACGCGGGGUAGUAAGAGGACGAUGUGGGGGUAACAGUGCAGGGGGAACAUGACGGCCUCGAAGAAAAAGACCGUUCGGACCCGGAGGGGCGUGGAGCCCACGGGCCGGCCCGCCCCGGCGUGAGGCCGAGCGGGGAAGAAGAGCACGAACGAACUCGCCCAGGACGUUCGCGCAGAGAGCUGGUCGGCCGCGCUCGCGGGCUGCGCGGCCGGGCGGUGCCACCGUCGUGGCACCUGCGGAGGUCGCGAUCAGGCGCGCGUUCGCGGAAUCAUGGACGCCGGCGCCGCGCCACGAGAUUCGGACCCGAUCGUCAUCACUGACAGGUCCUCAACGCUCUGCGUGCACGGCCCACCUGGGAGCAUCAGGUGGGCCGAGCUCGUUUGCGGCGCUUCUCCGCCACGUCGACGAAUAAUCGGCGCGGCGGCGACACGGCUCCCUCAUACGAAUCAUCGGUGCGACGGACGGACGCCACGCGUCCACCGAUGUAGAGCUGGUUGCCGUCGUCGUCCACGAUGGGUGCGCCGUUGCCCGCGGCGGGUCGCGCCUUGAGCACGCCGAAGCCGAGCGCGGCGAGCCCACCAUCGUAACAGACGCGAGCAUGCUGCGCGCGCGAGAUGACGUGGUGCCGCGUCGGCGUCAGGAGGGCCGCGACCUUGUCUUGGACCGUGCGGUGCGGCUCGUCGUAGGCCGCCAGGAACGACCGCACCUCGGGGUAGGCGGCGAAGCGGUCGCGCAGGAGCUGGAUGGCACUCGCCUGCGUGAGUCGUGAGUCGCGUCGAUGGCGUGAGUCGCGUCGAUGGCGUCGGACGCCGGUAGGCGACCUCGUCCGGCGCCAGGAGCGUCGCUCGCGAGAGGCACAACGCCAGCCGAGCCUUGAUGCCGCCGGCGGCCUUGAUCUGCUCCGAACGCGUGGGCAGCCUCGGGCCCUCGUCCAUGCGCCUCAGGGCGGCGGGCAUCGUCGCGUAGAGGCGACCGCCGGGCGAGAAGUAGAUGGCCUCGCGACCCUCCCCUUUGUGCUUCGCUCGCGCCCCGACCCCCCAGUCGACCGGGUCGUGCUCGGCCGCCUCGGCCUUGGCCUUGAACUUCGGCAUCGCGUUCGUCGCGAUGUCAAAUCGCAUUUUGGGCGGGAGGAUCCUCCAUUUUCCCACGGCUCCGCACGGCUCUGAACCACCGCUCAAUCGUGCCCCCGGGACGUCUGAGCUCACCCUAAACUCAGUGAGCACGCGUCCCCCGGGCCGCCCCCGCUCACACCUCCGAGACCCCGCUCACGCACUCCGAGACCAAGCAAAAACACGUUACAACAACUAAAUCAGACCUGUCGUCGUCAGCGAAGCGUCGCGCCGGCCUCGACGCGAUGGAAUCACACCUCCCCGCCCGCCGCAUCACCACCCCUCGCCACAAAACGCGUCGACGACGUCGCGCCUUUCAACACGACGGACCGCUCGCGAGAAAUCAUGCCUCGCGCCCGCCGCUGACCGCCGUCGUUCCCCAACAAAUGCAACGGAAGCCCGCGACGUCCUCGAUGCCAGCAAGACCGCGCCUCUACGCAUGACCUCAUGCCAGCAAGAUGCGUCUCCGGCACCGAAGCGUCCCCAGAAACGAAAUGCCGCAACACAACACCCCACCCAACACAUCUUGCUAGGCACCCGAGGCACGAGUCCGACGGUCGCGUCGCUCCAAGGCCCAACGCGGCGUCUCAAGACCACAACUUCCCCCAGGCCCUCACAAAUUCCCCCAGGUCCGCGCUCGCACCAGCGUCCACCGCACACCUCCUUCGCGGCCAUCACGCCCUGGUGUGGUCGACAAUGGCUUUUGUGAAGAUCGCGACAAAUUAAGCGCGCGGCGGUUCCGCGGGCUUCACCUCACUCCAUCUGAACCACAACGCACGUCGAAUUCGAGAGGAGACGAUGAUGGUCUCGUCAACUCGACUGGAUGUGGUGGUCCCGCAGGUCCCAUGCGUCCGAGAUGUCCUACCGAUCGUCUCCGGACGGUGUCGGGCAACAAUCAGAGCUCGCCAUGCUACCACGUCCUCCCAACGUUCUCGAUACCCCUCGACGCGCUUGCGUCUCGUCAGAGCGCGCCGACCGAGCCGCGUCGCGACCAUCCCUCACUCCCGAUGACAUUUCACCGCGCCGCCACCACACUCACCUAGCCUUGGACGGCCUCCCGAAUUUUCAACGGCGAGGGUCGCCUGACUGUUGGCGCGUGGACGACGCGCCGUGCCGCCCGCGGCGGCCAAAGAUGUCCGGCCGCGCAGACGAGCAGAGAUAGGCUGCGCUGCGAACAUUUCUCGACGGCACGCGUCACUUGUGUCCCCGCAGGCCCGCGGCGCUCAGGGCUGCAGCAGUGCCAGCCAAGAGUGGUGUGCGCAACUGAGCGCCAUGCGACGGCGGCGCGUUUUAGACUCAGCGCGCAUCGAUGCGGCCCAUGCCGCGUGCGUUGGUCGAGUUUUAGCCUCAAUUGAGAGAAACGAAAUGUUGCGGCUCGUCAGAGCUGAGCCAUCAACACUGAGAGCAGACAGCAGCAGAGGGCAAUCGAGUCAACCGAGCCGCAUCGAUCACCACUCAUCCAAAGCGGUGUUUGCAGGACGUCGCGUCGAGGCCAGCUAUCAAUACCAAAUGCUCUGUUUGACCAGUAGCGCCGCAAGGAGCUGCAUGCCUCUGCAGCCAGCACAACCCAGGCGUGGCUCUACGCCGCACGCGUCGCGUCGAUGGCGUAGAGGUGGACCGUUCACUGUUGCUCGACGCCGUCCGAGCGCUGCGCACCGCAACGACGCCGACCGCUCCGGUCCGCGGCCGCGUCGCCACCGCUCGAGGCCCACGCGGCUGCUCCAGGCGUCCCGGAGCGCGGCGACGGCGUCGACGCAUCGAGUGGCGUCCGCCGCGGCGCCGCGAGCCGUGGAGACCGCUCUCGGGCGCCGUUCUCGAAGUUUCACCAGUGCUCCGCGAAAACCGACCCCGGCUCGCCCGAACGGCCUCAAAUUCGAAAAAGAAACCACCCAGCGCCAUGAUUCUCGGAAACGAGUCGCCUCGACGGCGUGCCACCGCCGCGGCACCGCGGGUCGGCGAGCUACGACGGCCCUCGCACGGCGAUCCUCCCCGGCGACGAGGAACUCAUCUCCGCCUUAGCGAUCGCGAACCCCGACGCCAAGCGCUGGUUCUGGGGCAUGUGGGGCCUCAACCACUGCUUCCUGUCCAUCCUCAAGCUCCAGGCCAUUAACCAGAAGGAUAAGGCGAUGCUCAAGAAGCUCUUCAUUCCCACUGCCGCGACGUUCCUGUACUGCGUCCUGGGCCAGAGCGACAUGGGCGGCGCCGCGGACCUGGGAGGCUUCAUCGUGAUCUGCGGCCUGCAGACGCUCGCCAUCGGCUACCUCGCGUACAACUAG